AUGCCUUUGAAGUACUUCCUGGCCAUUCUCCUUCUUAUCAACAUAAGGUCCUUUCCUCUGGCAUGGCACUUACGUGUUUUGGCGCCCUAUUACAACCUUCGUAUGCGGCAUAGGCUACAUCGUUUGAGCAUCGUUCACAAGAACAAGUCCGGAAAGAAAAUAGCGUCGCGGGCGUGGUGGGACUCGAUUUCUCCAAUUGGGAAAAAUCCGUUUGCAAUGACCAUGAAUUACUACAACUGGGCCAGUCCUGACGAGAGCGACUUUAAUCUCCAUCUCAGUAAUUCAUGCUAUGCCAAGACACUAGACUCGGUCCGCUUCAGAUGGGCAUGCAAGUAUGCGCCUCAACUCUUCCGUGAAGGUGUGGAUGGGUACAUUCCUCUGGCUGCCACACAUUUCUUGUAUAUCAGAGAGAUUCCCAUGUUGGCAUCGUACGAAGUUCGUCUCACCGUCGGGUCCUGGGGUGAUAAAUGGAUGUACGCAAUCGGUAAAUUUGUCACCAAGCCAAAGAAGGGUCGGAAGACAGGAAAGAAAGUCGCUCCUUCGCCUGCUUCCAGUGUCUUCAAUGGCCCAAUUCGUACACCAGCGGACGACAUUACUGCACCUACACCCCUCGAAGCCUCAACGCCCCUUCUCAGCACCGCCGACCAUCCCGCCGACCUCCGAAAGCUCGCAGCUAAACUUGCUACUACUCACGAAGAACCCGACAGUGCAAUCGUCCAUUGCAUAUCUAUCUCUCAGUUCUGUUUCAAGAUUGGUCGUAUCACCAUCCCACCGGCUCUGGUCCUUGCCAUUAAUGGAUUCUCCAUAGGGGAUUAUUCUGUGGAGAAUCCUCCGCCAUCGUAUGUGGCUGCGAAACAUUUGCUAGAGCACGCUGACCCUAAAGCUAUGAAAAAAUUCUUGACCGGGGGAUGGCGACAUGUUCCGGAGGAAGAGCGCUGGUGGGAAGUGGCGCUGGGAGGAGAUAUUGAGAAGAUGCGCGUCGAACGUUUGACCGCAAUGGAGGAGAUCAGGCUGGGUAUGGAUGCCCCGAAGGCAUAUUAA